AUUAAGUUGGAAGCAUCAAGUUUGAUAGCACUCAAUGAUGUAGUUGACAUUAUUUAUGGAAACAGCACACGAUUUGAUAUUGUUGUAGAAGAGACACGGUCGUCAAAGUAUUUAGAAUUUAUGCACCAAAAGUUUUUAUCUCAAAAUAAUGGAAAGUUUGCCUACAGCAUAGACGUGUUAAAAGCUUAUGAUAAAAAGUAUAAAAUAUCGACAAUUAAUUUUGUGUAUUCAUGCAUUGGCUAUACAUCAGUUCAUUAUCGUCAAAUCUUUGAGAAUAUUGAGCCAUUAGAUUUAAAAUUUCUAAUUUAUGUCGAAAAUUGCGAUAUAAUGUUCAUCCGAUCGAACUUAAAAGACCUGUUGAUAAUGCCAAAAUUGACAUACUUAAGUAACCAUAUGGAAGCUUUUGAAUAUGUCCUGAUUGAUGAUAACGAGCUGCUGUAUCUGACGACUAUUGAAUAUUUUACAGAAGCAGCAUGCAAUGAGCCACAACUCAUAAUUUUAAAUAUCUUCAAUAAAACAACACAAAAUUGGGACAAAAAGCUUCAGAAUUAUAGAAAAUUUCGAGACUUUCAUGGCUGUGAGCUUGUGAUGCUUGCAAAAGAUAUCAAAUGUUACGGUAAAGGUUGGAUGACAUCAGAUUCAGGACAAGCAUCUGGAGUUAUAGCAGAGUUAUUUGAAGAGAUUGGAAAAUAUUUAAAUUAUAAGACUAAAUGGAACUUCACUGCAUCUUUAGAAUAUGAUGAGUAUCACUGCACAUUUGAUGAAAAUUAUCGUUCCUCAGACAAAAAGCUUGAAAAUGUCUGCUUUGAUGUUACUCGCUUUGAAAUACAAUCAUACAAAGAAUACCAGCUUUUGCACUUUUCAAUACCAUUUAUGGAUAUUAAUGAAGUUAUUCUAGUUACACCUGGUGAUGCCUAUACAUCAUAUGAGAAGCUAUUACUUCCAUUUGAUAAAAUGACGUGGAUUUUAAUUAUUUGUUUAUUUGCAACUGCAUUCUUAACUAUUUUCAUUAUUAGCAUGCUGCCUAAAUCAAUUCAUAAUUUAUUUUAUGGUCCGAAUGUUAAAUGUCCAGCAUUGAAUGUCAUCAGCACAUUUUAUGGCAUUUCACAGGACAAACUUCCAAAAUUAAAUUUCUCACGAUUUAUUCUCAUGAUGUUCAUCCUUUUUUGCCUUAUAUUCCGGACAUGCUAUCAAAGUAAAUUGUUUGAGUUCAUGACAAGCACACCAAGACGACCGCCACCAAAUUCCAUCCAGGAAAUGAUUGAAAGAAACUACAAACUUUUGGCUAGAAAUAAUUUAAUCACAUAUAACAAUGUCAUGACAAAUGACAAUCGAGAUUGGCCGGAACUAGUCAUUGUAAAUCAUACUGAAUAUUGGGAUAUUUUCGAAACUCAAUCACAAAAUUCAUCAGCAAAAUUAGGCAUAAUUAUUCAGCUAUAUAUGCUGAAUAUUCUUAAUGGAGAUGACAAAUACAAUUGGCAUCAAUUACCUGAUCCAUUUUUUGAUACGCACGCUGUUUUUGUAUUUCAUAACAAUAAUUUCUAUUUGUACAUCAUUAAUAGAUUCUUGAAUGCAUGGAUCCCGACUGGAAUUAUUGAUGUGAUGUUAAAUAAGCGAUUGGGCUCUAAGGAGAAAAACAUAAUUUUUAAUGAACCACAAGUUUUAAUAUUUGAGGAUUUAGAAUUUGGAUUUUAUAUUUGGCUUGGAUGUUGUGUGGUUAAUUUUGCUUGCUUUGUGCUGGAAAAGGUUUGCUCGAUGAUGUGUCAAGCUUAUAUGAAGCAUACAAAAAUGAUGUUGGUAGAGAGAAAGUUUGAAAAAGUCUAUCCAGGUUUCGAUGAUGGUGAAUCUAGUCAACAAAAUAUGAAAAAAAGAGAAGUUUUUAGGCUACCAAAAAAAAAAGGAUUUGAUUGA